AAUAUAAGAAUGAUAAUAAAUAGAUUCUUACAAGGCUUUGCAAUAAACUUUAUCGAAAAGAAUGUUGUUGAGAAACUAGCUAGUAGCAGAAGGUUUCAAUACUUCUCAUUGUUGUUUAGGGACAAGUCAAGACAGUUCAUGAAGGAUAACUUCCCUCAGAUAAAGGAUAAUAAUACACAUACUCCUCAUAAUACUCAUCAUCAUAAUAAUCAUCAUCAUCAUCAUAAUAAUAACAAUAAUAACAAUCAUAGUAGCAGUAGUAAUACUAAUUAUACAAACUACAGACAACAGUAA